UCGUUUGUGGGACAUUUGAGACCCAUUCACUCAGUCACUCGCGUCACUCACGUCUCACACACGGAUGAAUGGAUGGAUGAAUGGAUAGAUGGAUGACAGACAUCACACUAUCACACCACACCACACCAACCCACACAGGCAGACGUGCAGCCAGGAUGCCGCGAGCGAGCGAGAGGCGAGGCGAGAGGAAGGCCCAAACGACACAAAAAUAAUACAACACAAAACAUGAAUCAUGAACCACCGGGCCGCCAUGCAUGCAGCGCAACGCCGAGCACUCUUCUCUGUACGUCCCACACAUGUGUGUAUGUGUGUGUAUCGCUAUACACGCCCCGCCUCGCCCCGCCCCUCCUCGACUCAACCAACAGAACCACCAUGAUAACAGAGAGAGAGAGAGGGAGAGAGGCAGAGGGGAAGGUAGGUACGAGUCGGUCGGCCUAGUUGCUGAAUGAGUGAGUCGAUGGAUGGAUGGAAGAACGGGUGCGAUGCAUGCAGCCGACCGGCACACACUUUGUUGUCUAUUGUACAAAGCACACCGACCACACCGACCUACAGGGUCUGAAUUGGAAUCCAAAACACACACAUGGAUGGCAUGGCAUGGCAUGGCGGGGAGGGGAGGGAAGAAGGAACAAAGAAGGGAAGAAAGCAAGAGCCCCUGAGCCUCAUGUGGCCUCUCUAUCUAUCUAUCCAUCCAUCUGACCGACCGUGGCGCACCAGCGGACCGGCCCUUUCUUUACACAAACAGGCUUGAUCAAUCAACAUCUCCCACCCCACCACACACAACAUCAAUCACACCACACCCACAUGAAUUUGCACCCCCGGACCGGCCUGGACCACACACGCCGUCAGGGGCAGACAGGGAGAGUGAGUGCCACGGAAAAAUACAGUUAGUACAAACAAGUAUCCGCCCUCCCUCACCCUCUCCCUCCCUCCCCCCCAGCUGUGAGCCAGCCACGCAGAAAAAUGCGAGACGGUAAGAACCGACACAACAGAGCAAUCGCUCACUCAGACGCUCAUCAGUCAGCCCUUCUGCUCGACGCCUUCCCGCCCGGGUGCUGCACCCAGCAGCUGGCGCAGCGGGUCACCACACGAGGAGGGGCCCUCGAUGGACAAUCCACACACAGGCUGGUCCGAGUAGCCCCGCGACGGCUCCAGCUGGGCCUCGAUGCUCCUGUCCAGCUCUCCAUUUUUCUCCGUCGCAGCCUCGCCCGCUUCAUCGCCAGAUGACAGAGACAGAGAGGGCGGCGGCAUCGAGUGCCGGCCGGUGGAGGGCUGCACGAUCGACUGCUCGCUGACGGCGCUGCCGGAGCGGUCCAUCAGCAGCGACCCGGGUUCGCUCACCGGCGGCACCGACGGCAGCAUGGUAUCAGGGGGGUCAAGGGGCGACCGGGGAGAGGACGGCAGGUUGGUGGCUGAGCAGAACCGGCCCAGCGGGGGGUGGCCGUUGGAUGUGGAGCGGCCUCUCCGGUCGGGGUAUGCGCGGCGGUCGACGGCGCUGCCGUCUGCGGGGCUUGCCUCGGCGCUGGGGAACUCAGGGAUUCCCCGCGACGGCUCGGCGGCCGUGAAAGGAUGAACAGUGUGGUGCGAUUUCCAUACAGCCAAAUUCCUCUGAAGAACAGAGAGAGACCAAGGAACAGGUGCAGGCCUGCCUCGCGUCAUCUCGUGUGCUGUGCAUGGCUACGUUACGUACCAGGUGGUGGUGCGAUGGAUCGAAGACAGCCGUUUCACACUGAGGGGGCGGCCUGGGUGUGAGGGAAAAUGGGGACGUCGGAAGCUGGUACUGCAGACACGGCGAACGGGGGAAGCUUGACAUCCCAGGGUGCAUCCGCGACUGCCGCACAAAGGGGUGCAAGCUCACACCCCCGGCAGCACCAGCGGCAGCUCCCUUGCCCCUCGCAGCAGCACUGGCCGCAUCGUGGCUCGACAUGGGCAGGGCGAACGGACCGUCCCCCUCCUGGACGCGCCAGUCGGGGAGCAGCUCACCGAGGUUGAGAGAGUGGACCUCCUCGAAGUGCCGGGUGUGUGUGUUGGCCAUGAAGGCGAUGUCGCCGUCGCCCACGGCCGAUGUGGGCUGGCACCGGAGGGUGUAGACGUCGUUGGAUGUGUGGACGGCGGCAUAGAUGGAGGUCCACAUGGGUUCCCGGCCCGCGAUGUGCCGACUCCGAGAGAUGAGCAGGAGCGAUGGGGCCGACACGGAACGUCUGAACAGGGAGGGAUAAACAAACGCACACAGGCCGGUGGGCGCUGUGGUUCGUAUGCUUGUCACAGGUAGGUAGCGUACCUGAUGAAUCCACCGGCCUCCUCUGCCCGGCCAGCUGCCUCUGCCCCUGCCUCCCCCUCUCCCUGCUCCUCUUGACCUUCUUCUCCCAUCUCUGCCUCGCCCUCCCGCUCGCCUUCCUCCUCCAGUAUCUCGAUCUCCAAACCCCGGUGACCCCUGUCUGUCGGCCCGCGGUAAUGGCCGCCGCCCAUGCGCACGGAAGACACGACGCCCUCCUUGCUCGUUUGUUGGGAUGGGAGGGGUGACGGUGCGGGUGAGGGCCACGCUGACCCCAUCACCGACCGCAUCGUGGACGAGGGGGUGUCGCGGGUGGCGGAGGAGGGAUGACCGGUGGACGACGCCAGAUCGUCCUCUGAUGCAGACACAGGUGGGCAGCGAGCAGUGUAGGCCUGGGUGUGCUCUCUCGUGUGUCCCCUUCCUUCUUGGCCACACUUACCAGAGACUUUGGCCUUGAUGUGUCUACUGGACUUGCUGCCGCUGGGGACGAGGGUGUUAACGUGCUGCUGGGCAGGCCCGCCGAGCGACGUGCAGACGCUCUGACUGUGUCGCACUGUCUUCUGUUCCGCCCUGUGCUCCCGUCUCUUGUCCUCGGGCUGCGACUCCUCAAAGAUGGUCUGCAGAGCCUGAAUGAGGUUGUCGAGGCCGAAGAGGUACUCCUCGUCGGGGCUGGGGUUCUCCAGCAGCGUCGUCGUGUUGGCGAAGUCUAUCAUCUUGACGUCCAGCGACUGACACACGGCAGGGAGGGAGGGAGGGAGGGAGAGUGCGUGAGCAUGCCGCCCCGUCGACGCGUUUUGUUUCGUUUUUCGUCUCGUCUUGCCCACCUUGACCUUUUUCUCCUGGUUGCUCUCGCCCCCGUCGUAAACAAUCAGCAGCGAAGAAGACCAAAACCGCCAGUGCUUCAAGCCACGGAUGCCUGAUGGGAUGGACACACACACACAGGGCGGGGAUGCGGUGCUCGUCGUGUGCGUCUGUGCGUGUGGUACACACAGUUUCUGAGUGCGGUGAGUUUGCCGAUGAGGGGCUGCACGAGCUCCAGCUGGAAGCGCCAACCGUUCCAGAAGAAACACUUCAACGCACUCUGGAUCUUCCCUGCACACGCACAGACACAGACACAGACACAGACACACACACGCACGCACACACACUCGCGCGUGUGAUGGAGAGAAGAUCGGUGUCAACCCACCGCCACCCACCGACCUGACGUGAGUUGUCGGCCCCAGUACUUGUCACGGUAAUGCAUGUAGUCAUUCUUCUCGUCAUAAAACUGACAGCAGCAGCAACGCACACGCGCGUAUGACAUCUCAGCUCCCUCUCUCCCUCCCUCCCUCCCCCCCUCGGUCACUCCCUCACUCACCCGGAAUCCACAGAAGCGGAAUCCCAGCGAGUGGCUUGUUGUCUUCAUGGCCUUCUCCAGCUGUCGCCUCUCCUUCCGCGGGGAGGCGUCCCGCUUCCUCUGCCGCUUGCCCAUCUUGAUGUCCAAGAUGCACGCCUUCUUAAAGUCGUGAACCAAGUCCUGCAGGAUCAGAUAUGUCACGCCACGACGCCGCGGCACGGCAUGAGCGGGGGGAGGGGUGGGGGUGGGGGAUGGGAUGGGGGUAGCGCGGCCAGAGGCGGUGUCGGCGGUCUCGCUGGGAGGGCUGCAGAUGGACGGCGGAGGGGUGGGGGGCUCCCGCAGUCCGCUCUGGUAGGUGCCCUCUCCUCGGCUGUCCGUGUCGACCUCUAGCUCGAUCUCCACUGUGCCAUGGUACUUGGGGACGAAGCGGCGGAGUAUCUCCAAGGGCACAAACUCCGUCGACGACGCACCGAGGGAGCGAAGACGCUCGUAAAACUGCACACACCACACAGUGACAACAAGAGGCGUCAAUCAGUCACUGCCAGUGGAGUGUGGCAACCACGCAAACUGCGAAGGUGCCUGAGUGUGUGUGUGUGUGGGCCGCGUCCUGUACCCGGUGUUCAUUCUCAUUCCAUGGCUUGUAGAGCUUGGAGGAGUCCUGGAGUUUGACCAAUCUACAGUGGCCGCCCACUUGGUUCUGGUAACGCUGCAGCAUCUUGAUUCACGCCUGACGCUGGCAGUGCCGAAGCGAACCAGGCUGCCGCUGCCGCCACGCGGCUGUCAUCGAGGCUUUCAUGCAGCUAUCAUCGCGGGUCUCGCCAUCACCUCCAGUUAGCCACCCGCAUCUCCAUCCACAAACACUUUGGCCGAACGAGCUCACGGAUCCAGCACACUGUGUGUGUGUGCGUGUAGAACGCUUUGCUCCUCUUCCC